AUGAAUAAAAGAGACCGACCAUUCAUGGCAGUUCAGAGAAAUGAUAGCUCAGAUAACCUGAUAUUCUAUACGAAGAAUGGGAUGAGAAGCACCAAGUAUAAACCAGUAGACUAUCAACAACUGCGUGCAUUAACUGAAGCAAAAAAAUUAGCUUCUGCCUCUAUAGAGCUAAAGAUCAGAAAAGCGGUGCAGACUUCAAAGUUAUACAAAGAACAAACACUGAUAAAACAACACAAGCAAGUGUGGUGGCAGGAACACCAAAGGCUAAAGGAAGUCAGAUGUAAAAUGGAAUCUGAAAUAAAAUCCUUUCUCAAUGAAGAGAACAUUGGAAAUAAAUGUCUUUGUGACCUUGCAGAUUUUGAACAAGAGUUAUCAGAACAAUGGUGCAGAUAUUUUACAAAUGUGAUAAAUCCUAUUCAGCAGUUGGGAGCAGAUCUAAAGUACAGACAGCAUCACACCUUACAGCAUUCAGACCCACAUGUUGAGUUUAACUCAGUGAAAGUGCUGCAAGAGGUUGACUCUGUAAAAAAACAGUUGAAAGCUGUCUUUCAAAGACUUGUCCUGGAGCAACAGAAAAUAGAAAAUGAUCUCUUAGACUGGAGUAUGAAAAUACUAGAUCAUUUUUCAGAAGAAAAAACUAACCUGCUUAGUGAAUUGCCCAUGGAAUUAGAAAGUUUGGAAUGUCCAUACCCUGAUUUGAAAUCUUCAAUCCUUAAUGAGUUCUAUAACUUUACAGAGAAAUUUCAAAAGAAACUUCAAGAUUUUGAUCUUCAGUUAGAAGACAUAUACAGAAAUUUUCAACUAAGUGAAGAAGACCACUGGAUUUACCAGGCUAUUUUGGAUCAGUAUCCUGGAGAUCUCUUUGGCAGAAGAACUCUGUAUCUGGACAUGUUACAAAGAUACUUUCCUCACAAAUCUAGGCAUGAUUUGGUGGAACAUGAGAAGUAUUGUGACCAGUAUCGCUUUGCUAGGGAGCAGCAAAGGGUCCUGUUAUCAAGUUGGAAUAAGAACAGGAAGGACUUUAUACAGAAGGCUCUGCUGACCCUUCUGGAGGCCUGUGCAGCUCAUGAAAUGGAGAGCACAUUGGCUGAGGACAGGAAAAAGCAACAGGCAUUGUGUGCUGAUCUGAAAGCCAAGGUUCUUCAAUGGCGAGCCCACCAGGAAGAGGUAGCAAGACUGGAAAUGGAAAUUUCUGCCAGAAGAAGAGAAAAGGAAGAGGAGAAAAAGAAACUGUGGAAAAAGAAAGAAUUGUUGCAAAGAGAGGAGAAGAAAAAAAAAAUAAGAAAAUACUGGGCUAAGAAAGAACAGAAGUGGCAGGAAAUGGAAAUGAGAGAUCUUCAGCGUCUAGAAGAACUGAAGAAAUUAAUGGCUGAACAGUCGGUAAAAGACAGAGAAAGGAUUAAAUAUAGACAAGAAUUACUGGAAAAGCGUUUGAUGGAGAAGAAAGAAGUGGCCCUUCGUGAAGCGCAUGAAGAAGAAGUGAGAGAGAGGCGGCUAGAAGCCCUUAGGAAACAGGUUGCCGUUGUUGCUCAAUUUGAUCCUUUUAGAAUGAUGUCAGAUACAAUGGCAUCGAAAGCUAGGACAGGUAUUGAAACUGAAGAAUUUAUUCUUCAAAAGCCACUCUUCACAUUGAAUACAUACAAUGCACAGCAGAUAAUUUCUGACCCUAGACUUCGAUUUGAAUUAGCACUUCGAGAAGCUGGACUUCAUAAAACAUUGUAUGCCAAAGAAAUAUUACCAAAAAUCAGCCCUCAAAAACCUCCAAGAAAGGAUAUGGAGUCUACUGUAUUUAAAAUCUAG